CUCUCUCUCUCACUCUCUCUCUAUGGCCAGCGGCCUUAAUAUUUACGAUUAUUGAUUCAUCUUGAAAGGGGUUUUGUGAUCUGAUUUGAAUAAAUCUGCGUGCGUCUCUCGUCCCUUGAAGUGUUAAUUUAGGAUCUGUUCUCCCAAACCACGCUAAAUUUAAGGGCGGACGGCGAUUCCCCGCACCUUGGAGUUGGUGGAGCUUCAACCCCCUGGUUCUUUCUUGAUAAGGUUAUCCAAAGACGGAAGAAAAGGGAAAGGAAAAUGCAACAAGGGAACUCUGUGGAAGAGGAAACUGAGCAAAAUAUCGAGAACAAUGUUCCUGCCGAUAGGAAAAUGCAACGAGGGAAGUCUGUGGAAGAAGAGACUAAGCAUGGUAUCGAGAAGAAUGUUCCUGCUGAAACCUUGGAUUGGGUUAAUGUGAGGGAUGAUGAGAUCAUGCAACAGCAGUCUGCAAUUCAGGCAGAAGAGGCCACCAAGAUGCCCUUUGUGGGCGACAAGGAACCUAUCUCAGCUUUAGCCGCAGAAUAUGCAUCUGGCAGCCCUGUCCUGCAGGCCAAAAUCAAGUUGCUUGGUGAACAAUAUGCUGCAAUUAGGCGUACAAGAGGAGAUGGAAAUUGCUUUUAUCGGUGUUUCAUGUUCUCGUAUCUGGAGCAUAUUUUGGAAACACAAGACACAAAGGAAGUUGAUCGUAUCAAAAAGAAAAUUGAGCAAUGCAAGAAGACUUUGCUGGGGUUAGGAUACACAGAGUUUACCUUUGAGGAUUUUUUUGAGCUUUUCAUCGAGCAGCUGGAUAAUGUUAUUGGAGGAAGAGAGACCUCCAUAAGCCAUGAUGAGCUUGUAAAAAGGAGCCGUGACCCUCUUGUUUCUGAAUAUGUUGUGAUGUUCUUUAGAUUUGUCACAUCGGGUGAAAUACGUCAGCGCUCUGAGUUUUUUGAACCAUUUAUUAUGGGCUUGAGCAAUGGAACAGUGGAUCAGUUCUGCAAGACAUCAGUGGAGCCCAUGGGGGAGGAGAGUGACCAUGUCCACAUCAUUGCUUUGUCGGAUACAUUGGGUGUGCCAAUCCGUGUGGUGUAUCUUGACCGUAGCUCUUGCGACUCUGGCAACCUUACUGUAAACCAUCAUGAUUUUGUUCCCUCAGGUGAAGUUCCACAAGUGAGUAUGGAGCCACUAGUGACGAUGCUCUAUCGACCAGGACACUAUGACAUUCUCUACACAAAGUGAAUUCUAUCAAGCAGACUGGGCCGUGCCGGUGGAAGGACUGGUCUUGAGCAACAGAGAAGGGAAUUGAAUGAGGCUACAUACUUUGUUUUUGUGGAAUGAUGGACUAAAGUUGUAUAAUCUUUUCUUGAAGAUUCCCAUGUGUGAAUGGGCAUGGAUUGAUCUUAUCAUUCAGAGCGUGUGGAGAAAUGUUAUACAGUUGGCGAUGUCCUGAUUGUCUGAAAAACCAAAAAUCAUGGUAGAUGUUUUA